AUGUACCAAGGAAGCUCAGAAAUCCAAGCUGAUGGUCUACAGACACUUUAUCUGAUGAACCCUAAUUAUGUAGGGUAUUCUGACAAUACAACAGUACAGAAACCGGCCAACAUGCUCUUUUUUAACUCCGCCGCCACGGAGGGACACGUGGUCAACGCUGCACAGAUAUCUCGGGCGCCGCUGCCUCAGUCUCACCACUUUGUUGGUGUCCCACUUUCUGCAGCUGUUGGAUCGCCCAAUUCGAACCAUCACAACCAUUCCUCAGUUCUUGGCCAACAAGAAAUUCAAGCCUCCCAUGGUGCAAUCCCUCGUGGUCACUAUAAUCUGUGGAAGUCGGUUGAUCAAGCCGGCGGUGUAAAUCAACACAAUUUAUCUUCCGUGGUGGCUGCAACCAAUUCCGGUGACACUAACGACGGCGUUUCCCUAAGGCCAGCGGUGUCACCGUCACAACGAGGGUUGUCUUUGACCCUUUCACCUCAACAGAUAGGCUAUAGGUCACUUCCUACAAAUCAUGAUGUCACUAUAUCACCAAAACCUGGUUCAUCUACAUCGCUCUCUGCUGUGUCUAAUGGAGUUAAUAAUCUGCGAAGUGUAAUUUUGGGAUCCAAAUAUCUUAAGGCUGCUCAACAGCUUCUUGAUGAGCUCGUAAACGUCGCAAAAGACACAAAAAUCGAUGGCGUGGUGGCUGGAGAGGCAGCAGAGAAACGGAAGAUAAUCAAAGAGUCCACAGGAGAGAAUGUUCAGGUCUUUGGCAUUAAGGGAUGUGAAACUGAACUUACAACUGCUCAAAGGCAGGAGAUUCAGAUGAAGAAAGCUAAACUUAUUAACAUGUUAGAUGAGGUUGAGCUGAGAUACAAACAGCACCAUCAACAAAUGCAAAUUGUUGUGGCAUCAUUUGAGAUGGCAGCAGGAAUUGGUUCAGCUAAAUCAUACACUCAACUUGCUUUGAAGACAAUAUCGAAGCAAUUCCGGUGCCUGAGAGAUGCAAUAUCUGCACAAAUAAAGUCAAUAAACAAGAGCUUAGGAGAGGUAGAGAAUUCAGGCGAAAAGUUUGAGGGCUCGAGACUUAAGUUUGUAGAUCAUCAAUACCAGCAAGAAAGGGCAUUGCAACAGCUGGGAAUGAUUCAAAACAGUGCAUGGAGACCUCAGAGAGGUUUGCCUGAAAGAGCAGUUUCAAUUCUUCGUGCUUGGCUCUUCGAGAACUUCAUUAAUCCUUAUCCUAAGGAUUCAGAUAAACACAUGCUGGCAAAGCAAACAGGGCUUACUAGGAGUCAGGUGUCUAACUGGUUCAUAAAUGCUCGUGUUCGGCUAUGGAAACCUAUGGUUGAGGAAAUGUACUUGGAAGAAAUGAAGAAUUCAGAAUCAAAAAUUUCCGAAGAAAACACAAGCAAAAGUGGAGCUGCUGUGCGAGAAUUGGUCUCAAAAUCCACUGCUCUAGAAGAGAAUAACAAUGGGAAAAUGGAGGGAAUACCCGAAAAGAAUUCAAAAAAACCAAGAAAUGGCAAUUCUCCAAGCAAUGCAGUUCCAAUGCAAAUGAAAACAAAAGCAGCAGAUCAGACAAGCAAAGGGUUGUCAAGAGACAACUAUUUAACAUUAAUGGCUGCUAAUACUAGUCAUAGUAACAGAUUCGAUACGUAUGCGAUGGAAGAACUCGGAAGGUUUAACGGAUCUGAGCAACUGGGUACAAGAUUCCAUGGAAACAAUGUUUUUCUCACUCUGGGACUGCCACCUUCAGAAAACAUUAAAUUGGGAACAAGAAUUGAAACUGCAGGAACAGUGGAAAAUAACUUCAAUACGGUUAACAAUCUUCAAGAAUCCCAUUCAAACAUUGGCUAUCACGAUCAGAUUGUUGAUUUCCAGAAUAGGAAGCCAUUUUCAGCUCAGCUCUUAUCAGACUUCGUGGCAUGA